CUGUCUCUCUCUGUGGGGACCCCGGCAGCAUGCCCCCCCCCCGGCUGUGCCUGGAGGCCCUGUCGGCUCUGUCCGGCUGUGACGUGGAGCUGACCGUCGGGACCUCGCAGCUCUCCCCGCAGGACUUCGUCAACGUCGUGGCCCUCAAGGAGUUCUACAAGCAGGAGGGCUUCAAGCAGCUGGAGUACCCGAGUCUGGGGACCAUGUCUCUGCUGGACCAGGACCAGGACCAGGACCAGGACCAGGACCUGUACAGCUCCCCGGGGGCGCUGACCGAAGGCCCCUCCACCGCCGGGCCGGAGGAGAGCCUGCGGGCCAAGAUGAAGAUCAACCCGGGAGACUUCUUCCACCAGCAGUACGACUACGACUUCACCCAAGUCACGGAUGGCGACAAAACGUUCCUGCGUGGCAAUGAGAGCUACGUCCGUCCCUGCGGGUGGAGCCGGGUCGCCCUGCGGGUGACGCAGCGGUACGACAGCGGGGACGCCUGGCUCGGGACGGGGAAGGACGCCUGGCCCGUCUCCUACCACGGCCAGAACAUGGACGGCUCCCUCGGCAUCAUCGCGACCCACAAAGGGAGCCCCAGCGACGCCGCGCCCAAGUUUCUGGAAGCCGCCGCCGCCAUCGCCGUCGCCGGGGAGACGAGGGGCCGAGGGGUGUACUCCACGCCGGACGUCAAGAUGGCGGAGAAGUACUGCAGGAAGUUCAAGUCCAAAGUGGACGGGAAGACGUACAAAGUGGUCCUCCAGAACCGCAUCAACCCGGAGAAGAGGCAGAAGUGCCAGAGGGAGGACGUCUGGUUGGUCUACGUCCCGAAAGGACACAACGACGUCCAGACCAGGGCCAUCGUGCAGGAGUCCAUCCGACCGUACGGCCUCCUGCUGAAGGAGGCGUGAGGAGGCGGAGCUGACCGCGUCUUCAGUUAUCAGGGAAAUCUACUCCAACCUUCGUGAUUAUCAACCAGAAAACUCACAAAAAUAAAAGUAAAUGCUAGCGAAGAGGUCUCAAGACACCGUUCCAUAUGUUGGUGGGGGUUCAUUAAGAGAAAACCAAGUAUGGACUUUUUUCUUACCUUUUAUCCAAAAUGUUGCUACUUUUCCCCUUAAAUUCAACCCCACAUGUUCUUCAUUAUCAACAAAAAAAACCUCACAAAAAUAAAAGUAAAUGCUACUGUAAAAAGUUACUCAACACACAACCUGUACUUUCUUUGGGUGGUGCAUUAAGAAAAACCAAGAUCAGCCUUUUUUCCUGACUUUUAAUCAAAAGUAUUGCUACUUUCCCCCUUAAAUUCAACCUGCCAUGACUAUGUGUACCUUAAGCUGCCUUAUUGAGUUUAUUUCAACUCUGUGUUACAGUUGAUGGAUUAAGCUCCUGGAAAAAUGAAAAAUGAAAUGAAAAAGCAACUGUGAUUUCAUCUGUAAACGUUUGACAUGAAUCAAAGCUGCUGUUGCUUCAUGAUGUGUUCAAAUGCAAAAACCGAGUGUGGGGAAAAUAUCAUGCUGCCAUCUAGUGGUGAACUCUUUGAUCUUUAUUUCUUGUAGGAAAUAAAUAGUUCGAUAGUGAGCAAUCUUUUGACAUAUUAAUGACAUUUAAUUAGUUUUAAUUUGAAGAAGAUCAUUUAAUUGUUUACACAUGCAUGCACACAUGCACAUCAUUUAAGUUGAUGAUUGUGGACAAUGUGAAGCUGCACAGAUGAGGAGAACGUUUGCUGAUGUUGCUGUGAAGUAUGACGACACCUGUCUGAUGUUUUUCGUGGCAUCAUUGCAAGUUUAUUGCAGUUAUGUGUCAUCUUUAAAUAACAGUUUUUAAUUGUCUCAUCUGCUUUAUCCUUCAUUUUUCUGUUUUUGUAGUCCAAACACCCAAUGUGACUACAAUUCCCUACUGUGAAGGAAACACAUGUUUUGCAGCGAAAUCUGUUCUUCCUGUUUUUCCUUGUAUGUCUGACGACGGUCCGACCUUAAAUGUGAUAAAAUAAUGAUCACAGAUCCUGGUGUGAGGACACUUUUUAAUGUAUUAUUCUAGUGUUUAACAAGCUAAUACAUACUGUCUUCAUAAGAUACUUUUAUUGUGAAUAUGCAUCACAAUUACAAACUAUACACACUAAAACUAUGAAAUACACACUAUGUUGUAAUCUUCACAGUUUAUUUUUUUGCAGGAUCUCUCCUCAUCUAAAUGUACAAAGUAGCAAAAUUUAAAGUACUCAUUGUGAAGAGUACUUAAUCACUUUAAUGUAGCAGCUGUUGAAGUUUAACUACUUUAUAUACUGCUGUCUAGCUCAACCAAUAAUAACUUGA